UGAAAUUGUUGGCACACAAGCAGAAAUAGUUAUUGCGGUGUGUUCUUUAGAGUAUUAUUUUUCUAGUGUGUUUAAUUUGUUUGUUUGUUUUUCGCCGUUGUUAUUUUAUAUUUAAUCACCAGUUCCUUGGUAAUAACGCUGAUUAAAGUAGUGUUUCAUUUCAAACAGAAUGGAUAAAGCCUUGGAUAUCAAUCUUCAGCGAUUCACAACACACAAAUUGUUUGCCGGGCUCUUAGUGGUCUGCUUUUUCUGGAUGGUGUAUGUUAAAAUAUAUUCUGUCGAAAUGUAUGAUCCAGAGACUUCUAAGUUGCCAUCCAUCGGAAGAGCCAAAAACGCAACACAUGUUUCCCCGUUUGAGAAAUGGAUUGUUGUGACGUCAAUUCACCCACCAACAGAUGACGUCAAAUACUUGGCUCAGUUGCCAGGAUGGAGAGUGGUCGUUGUGGGGGAUGUUAAAAGUCCUGCCAACUGGAGUUAUCAAAAUUGUGAUUUUCUGAGCAUCGGGAGACAAGAGUUACUAAACUUUAAAAUCACGGAUUCUCUCCCUUACAAAAGUUAUGCCCGAAAGAAUCUCGGCUACCUGUACGCUAUACUGAAUGGCGCAAAGUUUAUCUACGAAACUGACGAUGAUAACAGACCAUCUGACAAUCUGGAAGGUUUUAUCUACACACCAAAAACUCCAGGACUCAUGUAUGCUGGGAAGAAGUUGUUUAACCCUUACCAGCACUUUGGUCAGUCCACAUUGUGGCCCAGAGGAUAUCCACUGACCAAGAUUGGAGCGGUCAAUAACAGAUCCUACUGGUUAUCCAGCAGUUGGACAUCACCCACAAUUCAACAGGGAACUGUAAACGGAGACCCGGAUGUUGAUGCUAUUUUUAGAUUGACGAGGAAAUCAGCGACGUCCCCUCUAAACGUGACCUUUGACUCCCACGCCCCUCCAGUUCUAGUGCCCCAAGGUGUCUUCAGUCCAUUCAACUCCCAGAACACUUUGUUUCAUGAACGAGCCUUCUGGGCCUUGUUGAUCCCAACAGGGACCACGUUUAGAAUGUGUGACAUAUGGAGGGGCUACUGGGCUCAGAGGUUGAUGUGGGAAAUAGGAGACAGGCUGGCCUUCUUCCCUCCAAAUGCUCACCAAAACAGAAGUGCUCACUCCUACAUGGAGGACGCUGAGGACGAGAAGGACAUGUACUUUCAGACGGACUUUUUGAUUGAUUUCUUGACCAACUGGACAUGUCCUUCUAGUAUGACCUUCUUCCAAUGUGUUCUGAAAUUAACGUCUGACAUGGCUGAUAAACAUUUUUGGAAAUCUGAAGAAAUCGAUUUGACAAGUCGAUGGCUGGAGGAUUUGUUAGAAUUAGGAUAUCCUGAGCCUACUAGAGUCAUAGAAGUCUUAACAUUAAGUGAAAAUGAAACUUUAAAACUAGAAGAUUAUAAUGUCCUUCAUUAUGACAUUUUUCAACAUGAAACUCGUCUUAUUAAUGUUACUUUGAUGCCUGUCGAACAGAAAUCCCCACAAGUGGCAGAUUUCGAUAUGCAAGAUAGUGUUUCUCAACAAGCCUUCGAGAGUCUCUCAAAAAUAUGCCCGAACAUUACAAAAUUGGUGAACGGACCAAUUGAUAUUUUCUAUUCACAAUACUACUAUGAUAUAUUGUUAGUAAUCGUAUUUAACAAGCCUGGUUUUUACUACAAUGUUCGAUACCUUGAUGCUCUAUACGGCGACAUUUUUCCAAACAUUAUUUACUGCGGCGACAACGCUGCUCAGUUUAUGGAACAAACUAAAAAUUUGGGAAAACAGUUUAGUUUUAUAGAAGAGCCUUUGGACAUGGGAAUCGUAGGCUACAUUUGUGCAAUUAGAGCUAUAGAGAUGAACUUUAACGUCAAGGGAUUCCUGAUCAUGGGUGAUGACGUCUUAUUUAAACAUUGGACGUUUUUGAACAUCACAAAGGAACAUUUCUGGACAACGUUCGAAGGGACACGUACCUUUAUCAAUGUUACCGAGUCAAACCACUCGUGGGCCGGGUGGAAAGGGAAAGCAGGUAAACCAGCGUUUGACAAAACUAUGGAAGACUUGAAUAGCAAUAAAAACGUUCCUCAAUACAUCAACAAUACAUCUUUGUUUCUGGACAGCAUUUGGAACUUUACAGGCCAGCGUGGUAUAAUAGAAGCAUCAUUAAGUGACUUGUAUUACAUCCCUGCUGCUAAACGCAUUCAAACUAGUUGGUACAUGACCAGGUUUUACAAAAAUCACUUUUUCUCGGAAAUCGCCGUGCCUACUGUGGUUCGAGGCCUUGAAACGAAAAAGGGCAUGAUUCUUAUAAAUGGUUCAAGUCUUUGGGGUGGAGCUCGCUCGAGGCCUUUUAAAUUCUAUUCAAAAGUUCAACAUUUUUUCCAUCCAAUGAAGAUUUCGAACUCGGCGACAUUACUGGAUGUGUGCAAUGUCUACGCCCCUGAUGUUCUGAGAUAUAGCUUUGGUCUUACGUUAUCAAAUAACACUGUGGUUUAGUUUAAAACUAUUCGUUUAUGGUCAAGUGUAAAGCUGAAAUAAUAAUACUUUAUAUCCACUCAAAACAGAAAACUAUGGAUCAAAUUUAAAAAGUCUUAGUCUUAGUCUUUACCAAAUGCUAAAAUAUAUUUCUUUGAGUGACAAAAGUAAAAAUACAUGUAUGAUAACCAUCUGAAUUAGCUUUGCUCCCCUGUCAUGUUCAUCUCCUCUUCCCCUAAGUAUAGGUAAGCCUUUAGGUAAUCCAAACUGUUAACCAUUUUGACACGGCAUAUCAAACAAUAUCAGAAACUAACUGGGCUCACAGAAAUGGCUGCUCCAUUUGGCCAAUAUAAAUUGAACAGGCUUGCAUUUGAAUUUAAAGUAGGAUCGGAAGUUUUCCAAAGACAUGAAAAUGACGAGAAUCGACUGGAUGUUUUAACUAUGCGUAGAGUGUAGGCAAUUAGUAAUCUUCUUUCGUUUAUGUAUUGGAACUAAACAUCAUAUCGAUAUAAACGCAUCAUCAAGCUUGGAAGUCUUUUGGGUGAGCAACUGAGGGUCUAAUUGAAUAUAUGUUUAAAUGGCUAGUGACCGUUCUGUAUUAAUAUAGUUAUGAGGUAUGCUUACUGAUCCAACCAUUUUAUUGCAACUCGUAUUGCCAAUAUUUCUGUUUUCAAUUUGCAACAACCAUUUUCUGUGGAUCAGAAACUGUCCUUGAUGCAUAUGCAAUGGUUUUGUCAUCUUGGAGUAAUACAGCCCCCAAUCUAAGUUGGCUACUGUCCGCCAGAAUAGUUGUUUUAUUUUUUAUUGUCGAAAUAGCUAUUCUACUGAUCAGCUAUCCUCUGUCCGCCAGAAUAGUUGUUUUAUUUUUUAUUGUCGAAAUAGCUAUUCUACUGAUCAGCUAUCCUCUGUCCGCCAGAAUAGUCGUUUUAUUUUUUAUUGUCGAAAUAGCUAUUCUACUGAUCAGCUAUCCUCUGU